AUGCGUCGUGGAAUGAAAAAGGAAGCUGUGCAAAGCGAAAGAGAUCGGAUCCGACCGAAUGGGUCUGGUUCAAUUCCGGACGACCCUCUCUUGGACGCCCUUCUCUCAGCUGAGGCCAUUGUACGCCAACUGCGUUCGUCAGUAAUCACUCGGACCGUCGACGCACGUCGUCAGGCAACCACCGGCGACGUUACCGACAGUAUGAAUCAACAACUCACUCUAAUGGUGGAAUGGGCAAAGAAUCUGCAGGAAUUUCAGCGAUUACCACUCGGUUCCCAAAUAGCUCUGCUUAGUCGAGUGGCAGCACGAAUAGUUGAUCAUCUGACAACGCCGAUGAGACAGCUUCAGAUGAACGAGAUUGAGUACGUGGCCCUGAAAGCGAUCGCAUUCUUCGAUCCACUCGCGAAAGGCACAGAAGAAUCGCAUCGUGACAUCGAUGACACCCGUCAAAAGUUGCUGGAUUCGUUCGAACGCCACGUGCGACAGGUGUCGCCGCUUCGCGACACUCCUCGCCGCUUCUCAAACCUUCUACUUCUUCUUCCACCGAUGUUAGCUAUCGCUCGUGAUUUGAUUGAAGAUGUACAAAUGGCGAAACUGUUUGGCCUGGCUGCCAUCGAUAGGCUCAUGCAGGAGCUGUUGCUACCUCCCGAUAGCAGCACAGACAAAUUGCCUUGA